AUGCCCCGCACGAAAUCCGCGCCGGGACACGCUAAUGCCGCCGGCUCAGCCCCGGGGAGGCAAGCGGUUCUGAGUCGGUUCUUCAGGUCUGCGGGAAGCCUGAGAUCCACUCCGUCGCCCACGGAGCCAGCGGAACAGGUGACAGAAGAUGAUGGCAGGAAGAGACUACUGGGGAAUGAAGGGCCCGUUAAGAAGAAAGCAAAGAAAGUUCCAGAGAAGGAAGGAGUAGAUACCUCAGUCACAUCCGGCAACCUUGAGGCAAAGAAAUGUCUGAGGCCCAGGAUUGUUUUAAAGUCCCUGGAAAAGUUGAAAGAAUUCUGCUGUGAUUCGGCCCUCCCUCAAAACAGAGUCCAGACAGAACCUCUUCAGGGGAGACUUGCAGUUCUGCCAAAAUGUACUGAUUUUGAAGACAUCACUCUGCAACAUGAAAAGAAUGCAGUUUUGUCUGAAGAUUCCAAAUCUCAGGCUAAUCAGAAAGAUAGUCAAUUUGGACCAUGCCCUGAAAAUUUCCAGAAGGCUUCCAAUUGUAAAUCUUUUAACAAACGAUCCAAAAGUGUCUAUACACCACUAGAAUUGCAGUACAUAGAUAUGAAGCAGCAGCACAAAGAUGCAAUUUUGUGUGUGGAAUGUGGAUACAAGUACAGAUUCUUUGGGGAAGAUGCAGAAAUUGCUGCCCGGGAACUUAAUAUUUAUUGCCACUUAGAUCACAACUUUAUGACUGCAAGCAUACCUACUCAUAGACUGUUCGUGCACGUCCGCCGACUUGUGGCCAAAGGAUACAAGGUUGGAGUUGUGAAGCAAACUGAAACUGCAGCAUUGAAGGCCAUCGGAGACAAUAAAAGUUCUGUCUUUUCCCGGAAAUUGACCGCUCUUUAUACAAAAUCCACACUCAUAGGAGAAGAUGUGAAUCCUGUAAUCAGGCUGCAUGAUUGUGUAAAUAUUGAUGAGGUAAUGGCAGAUACUUCAACCAACUAUCUUCUGUGUAUCUACGAAGAAAAGGAAAAUAUUAAGGACAAAAAGAAGGGAAACAUUUCCAUUGGUAUUGUGGGAGCGCAGCCUGCCACUGGCGAGGUGGUGUUCGACUGCUUCCAGGACUCUGCUUCCAGACAGGAGCUGGAGACUCGCCUACUAAGCCUGCAGCCUGUGGAGCUGCUGCUUCCCUCAGAUCUGUCCCAGCCAACCGAGAUGCUCAUCCACAGAGCCACCGCUGUCAGUGUGCGGGAUGACAGAAUUCGAGUAGAAAGGAUGAGUAACACUUACUUUGAAUACAGCUCUGCUUUCCAGACAGUUACCGAGUUUUAUGCCAGAAAGGCAGUUGACUGGCAGGGCUCUCAGAGUUUCUCUGGUGUCAUUAACUUGGAGAAGCCUGUGAUCUGCUCUUUGGCCGCCAUAAUAAGGUACCUCAAGGAAUUUAACCUGGAAAAGAUACUAUCUAAACCAGAGAAUUUUAAACAACUCUCAAGUAGAAUGGAAUUUAUGAGAAUUAAUGGAACAACGUUAAGGAAUCUGGAACUCCUACAGAAUCAGACUGAUCUGAAGACCAAAGGAAGUUUGUUUUGGGUUUUAGACCACACCAAAACCUCAUUUGGGAGAAGGAAGCUAAAGAAGUGGGUAACCCAACCUCUGCUUCAAUUAAGGGACAUAAAUGCCCGACUUGAUGCAGUAUCUGAUGUUCUCCAUUCGGAAUCCAGUGUGUUUGAUCAGAUAGAAAACCGUCUGCGUAAGUUACCUGACAUCGAAAGAGGACUAUGUAGCAUUUAUCACAAGAAAUGCUCUACCCAAGAGUUCUACCUGAUUGUCAAAAGCCUGUGUCACCUGAAGUCAGAGUUUGAAGCAUUAAUGCCUGCUGUUAAUUCCCACGUACACUCAGACUUACUCCGAGCACUCAUCUUAGAAAUUCCUGAGCUCCUUAAUCCCGUGGAACACUACUUUAAGAUUCUGAAUGAACAAGCUGCCAGAGUCGGUGAUAAAACUGAAUUAUUCAAAGACCUCUCUGACUUCCCCUUAAUAGAAAAGAGGAAAAAUGAAAUUCAAGAAGUCAUUCACAGCAUCCAAAUGCAUUUACAAGAAUUACGAAAAAUAUUAAAACUUCCUUCUUUACAAUAUGUGACUGUAUCGGGACAAGAGUUUAUGAUUGAGAUGAAGAACUCGGCUGUAUCUUGCAUCCCUGCUGAUUGGGUGAAGGUUGGAAGCACAAAAGCUGUGAGCCGCUUUCACCCUCCUUUUAUUGUAGAAAACUACAGACGUCUGAAUCAGCUCCGGGAGCAGCUAGUCCUUGACUGCAGCGCUGAAUGGCUUGAUUUUCUAGAGAAUUUUGGUGAACAUUACCACACUUUGUGUAAGGCUGUGAAUCACCUAGCAACUGUUGACUGCAUUUUCUCCCUGGCCAAGGUCGCUAAGCAAGGAAAUUACUGCAGGCCAACUCUACGAGAAGAAAAGAAAAUCAUCAUAAACAAUGGAAGGCACCCUAUGAUCGAUGUGUUGCUGGGUGAACAGGAUCAGUUUGUGCCCAACAGCACAAGUUUGUCACAGGACUCUGAGAGAGUAAUGAUAAUCACUGGACCAAAUAUGGGUGGGAAGAGCUCCUACAUAAAACAGGUCGCACUGCUUACUAUCAUGGCUCAGAUCGGCUCUUACGUCCCUGCGGAGGAAGCAACAAUUGGGAUUGUGGAUGGCAUUUUCACAAGGAUGGGUGCUGCCGACAACAUAUACAAAGGCCGCAGUACCUUUAUGGAGGAACUGACAGACACAGCGGAAAUAAUCAGGAAAGCAACCCCACAGUCCUUGGUUAUCCUGGACGAGCUGGGAAGAGGGACGAGCACUCAUGAUGGAAUCGCCAUUGCCUAUGCUACCCUGGAGUAUUUCAUCAGAGAUGUCAAAUCCUUAACCCUCUUCGUCACCCACUAUCCACCAGUUUGUGAGCUAGAAAAAUGUUACCCAGAGGAGGUUGGGAAUUACCACAUGGGAUUCUUGGUCAAUGAGGAUGAAAGCAAGCAGGAGUCAGGCAACAUGGAACAGGUGCCAGAUUCUGUCACUUUUCUCUAUCAGAUAACCAGAGGAAUUGCAGCAAGAAGUUAUGGGCUGAACGUGGCAAAGCUAGCAGACAUACCUGGAGAAGUCUUAAAGAAAGCGGCUCAUAAGUCAAAAGAGCUGGAAGGCUUGGUCACUCUGAGAAGGAAAAUACUCAAGUAUUUUGCUGACUUAUGGAUGACACAUAAUGUAAAGGACCUGCACACAUGGACAAACAACCUGGAAAUGGAGGAAAUACAGACUUCUCUCCCAUGUUAAAAUGAAAACUACACAUUGACGCAAUAUGGAGAGCUGAAGACACAAAAGAACUUUCUGGUAGCAACUGUCUGUGACAUAAGCACAGGUGAUGAGCAUAGUCCUCCUGUUGGAACAGAUUUCCUCCUCUAAAGGGAGCUUUCGGCCAUCAGAAAUUCUCCUAGUAAAUUCCAUACAAAAGCGGACUCUUCUAAGUGAAGCCUAAAAUGGUGGCCCUGAGUGCCUGCAUAGUCAGAGGGGCGCAUGCAUUUCAGUUCAGACGACUGGCAGCAGGGCAGCCCGACAGGAAUCUACUUUCACGAGAACUUCCGAAUUUUAGAAUGCCAGCUAUUUGUUCGUGUGGACGUAAGCAUUUUUACGCAAAGUAGAAUCAUGAAACUUCUAGAAACCAGAACACAGGAAAGGACAAGGCCGAAUGAAAUGUGAAGAGCUAAAAUGUCAAGAUUUUAAACAUCAUAAAGGUUGUUGAAUAAAAUUAUUUUGUCAUUCAUUUAAAUAAAAAAUAUGUAAUGAAUACUUGCUCAAAA